AUGGCGAAAAUUGCCAGUAAUACCAAAUCCCAAGGGCUAGCGCGUGAACUACAACUACUGCCGUUUAGAUCUGCACUUCCAGCUGGCACUGCCCCACUCAAGCUUCCAUUACCUGAGCUUGAGCUUGAGCUGCUCAACGUUGCCCCCAAAAUUACAGGCGUCAUCGGAAAGGGCGUGAGUGAGGUAGUAGGCGUUGAAUGCGUACGACGCCGUAUGCUGGAGGUCGGAGUCGACGUAGCAAGGCCGGCCUAUCUGGAUCGGCCCGCAGUCGACCUGCCCGCACGCCCAAUUGAGGGCCUGCUGCAGGGCGGCGUCCUCCGCGUUGUUUUUCGCCACGCACCACAGCGGCGCCGCCGAUCCCAAGGCGGAGAUGAGCGGGAACAGUAGCAGAGACAGCGGCGAUAUUAGGUUUCCGGCACCCAUUUAUUGCUUUGGGUGACGAAAGAGAAAACAAUUCUGUGUUGUGUGUGUGAGCGAGAGAGAGGUUAUUUGUUUGGCUUUUGCUAAUUUGCGACGAUUUAUAUAUUAUUUAUUUAUAUAAUUUAGGUUUAUUAUAAUUUAUAAUGGGAGGGAAUGAGACCGUUGAGGGGUUCACGAGAGGACCAAAAGAAACUGAGCAGACAAGAGACAAUCAAGUCUGAACGGAGGAGUUUCUCAAUAUUUGCGUUUUUUUUUUUCUUUUUUUUUUU